UAUCCUCUGUGGUUUUGUCCUCUCUAUCUAUCAGCCUCCUUCUCUCUUUUUUCCCUUCUCUUCACACAUCUCAUUGAAGAGCUCAUUUCCUCUGCGACACAUCCCAGCAAAUGCAUUUGGCCUUCCCAGCUCUUCUGCCACGCUGCAGACAGCAGCUAACAGAGGCUUAAAUCCCCCUCUCAUGUUUUUUUCUGCAAGUGUCUCCUGGCUGUGCCCAUGAUGUUUUAUUCUUCUGUUGGUAGAGAAGUUGUGUUUCCAACACAACGGCACUUUUUAGGCUCAGGUUCUCCCAGGUCUGUUGUUGAACAGGUGAAAGAACCACGCUUCUCCUGAACUAUAAACCUUGCAGGGGUCCUUUGCCCAAAAUGUUGCUUGUGUGCGCAUCUUUCCAUUAUCUGUUCAUUCUCAACAUUGUCUUGGAAUGGGACGAGAGCAACAGAAGGCUGUCAUGAAGUCACUGUGUUAAGGACUGUCUCAUUAAAAAGUUGGCAUACCAGAAGACAGAGCUAAUAGUAGACAAGGAAACCUAAAGGAUUUCAAAUAUGAUUGCUUUGGCUUUUCAAACAGUCCACACAAAAUGUGGGAUUUGUAGAGUUCAUAUACAUCUAUCUUUGUUCAUUCAAGCCAUUCCGUAGCUGGAAGGAUCUGGAAAGGACUUGCAUUUUGUCGGAGAUGAAGGCGUAAAUGAUUGAAGCCUGUGAGCACAGUACUCUUCUAAUUCUGAACUCUUCAUGCGCUUAGGACAACUUGUCAACAGUGCGGUGUGAGACAGAAGGAGAAGACAAGCACAGCCUCAAACCUGGCCUUAUGGAGACCAUUUGUCAGCUUCCAGUUGAACUUUCUUCAGAUGACCUAGAUGCUGGAACUCUGCGUAUGUCCUUGUUAUUUUAGACAUGUUCUCUGCAUGGAGGCCUGUCCUUCUAAACAUGCAGAUGACUAUAGCACCCUUGACUCUGAUACCGUCAAACUUGGAAAUAACAGAUAAUGAUCUUCCAAAAGGAAAAGAAGUACCUUGACUUAUGAGUGGAAAUGAUAAUAAAAGCCAGAGGUAGGAAGAGCCGAUGAGACAGCAUGGCCUAUGCGGGGAUCGACCCUGGGCUCCCCAAAGUCACGAGCAGGGAGCCUGCAGCCCUUCAGCCAUCCAGGCACUACGAUUCCUCCCUGCAAAUCCCGACGUCGCACAGGGAAAGGCAGCUCCCAGCUGGGGGUGCUGAUAUGCGGCCAUGGGCAGUCCACGCUGACUGGUUCCACCACGCUCCCCCUUGCAGGAGACCUGCGCACCGUGUCAGAGGUGGGGACAAGACACAGUCACAGACACGGGUGGCAGGUGACCAAGCUAGGGUGGCAGGGAAACACAGAAGCAAAACUAAUGCAAGAGUAUCUUCUUUUUUUCUCCAGCUGUCGUGCACAUGCAGGGUGGAAGGCCGGCUGGAACAUCACCAAGUGGUGGAGAGUGACAUCAGCAAGCAAGGGACUGUGACAUCAUGGAGCCACGGACUGUGAGCUCGCGUCCCUCACUGCUCAUCUCCGGGCGCCGGCAGAGCCUGGCUCAGCCUGGCUCGUGCCUGGACUCCUGCCGAGCAGCCUGCGAGGUGUGGACGUCGGAGCGAGGCUUCUCGUGGUGCUGGCUGGUGCUUUGGGGGCUGCUGUCGGCAGCUCUCGCUCCCAUCCCGGAGCCAUCCCUGUUUUUGCCCAGCCCUGCCUGCUUCAGGCAGCCGGGCAUCGCGGCACACACUUGCUGCAGCGCAGUGCCCAACACCUUGGGCAGCACCAGCGCUGGCCAGGGGAAGCAGCUCCUCCUCCUCAGCUCUCCCCAAGCCGCUGCGCAGCACAAGCAUGGCCAGCGAGACAGCGCGGAGCUGCCCCAUCUGCGGUGAUGCUCAGAAGACCGUCGCCUUCGUGCAGCCCUGCCAGCACCGGUUCUGCCUGGGCUGCAUCCUGCGCUGGGCUCAAAGGACAUCUACUUGCCCACUCUGCAGAGGCCAGAUGCAAGAGAUCAAGUUUUCUGUGCGGGGACACGACCAGCUGUGUGUCACCAUGUCCCCUGCACAGCCAAGCCUGGCCAGCAUCCAGGCCAGCGCAGCUCCCAGCCGCCCGGUCAGCAGCAGCCGCUCUGGCCCCGCAGGGUCCCCUGUGUUCUUUGUGAUGGGGACGCCAUUCCCGGAAGAGCAGGGGGCUGUGGAGACGGAGGACACGGCUGCCGUGGACGGGCUCCUGCCCCAGGUCUGGGCAGUGCUUUUCCGGCGACACCAGCAGCUCCUGGAGCCCGUGCUGCCCUGGCUCAGCCUGGAGCUGGACGCCAUCUAUGAGGAGCAGUGGUGGCUGGUGGUGGCAACAGAGAGGAUCAUUGUGUACGCCCUGUGCUGCCACGGGCUGGACGAGGAGGCCCUGGUCCAGCGCAUGGAGCCCCAGCUCCAGGACAAUGCAGCACCGCUGGUGCGUGGCCUCAUCCAGGUCAUCGUGGAGCGGUGCAGCGAGGAGGCCUGGAGGCUGCUGUGCUCCUACGGGGACGAGGAGGACGACGACGGGCGUGCAGCCAGCCCCAGCCCCCCCAGCUCCCGGGUGGGGACUCCUGACCCCAGGCUGGCCCCCACCAGCCCUGCGGGCUCCGACGUGGAGGAUGAAGCCAGCACGUCGGAGGCCGCCCUGAGCAGGGCUCCCAGCUCCCUUCCACCUGCGCCCGGCCCCGCGCUGCGGGAGCAGCCCCAGGAGGAGCCGGGGCAGGUGGCGCUGGCAGGUCCCUCUGCCCGGGGCCGCAGCCGCAGCCCCUCCGCUGCCGACCGGGGCAGGGACCGCUCGCCUGGGGGGCCCCGGCGCCCCCCAAAGAGAAGGAACCCCGCGCCCCAGGACUCUCCUCAGCCCCGCAAGAGGCGGCCCCGUCGGCGGCACUAGCGGGGCUGCAG